GAUCAGUUGAAACGCUGAGCAACAGCUUGUGGAUCUCAGUUUCUGCUUUCAGAAGCGUCACUUUACAGCUCUGAACAUCAUGAGUGCUCUUAACUGCAGAUGAACUGAGCGCAACUACAGUUGCCCACAGAGAGGGAGUGGACAACGACAGGCAUGUGACAGCCGCUGAUGUGAAAGAUGACUUUACUGGCAGGGGAUGGUUCUGAUUACGACUACAGCGCCCUGAGUUGCACCUCUGACACCUCUUUGAAUCCUCCGCCCCUCCAUGAGCAAGAGUCCCUAAAGGGCGUUUUUUACAAACGGGCCCAGCGCCUCCCUCCCACUGACCCUUAUGCUGACCGCCCACCCGACGAUGUCGACCUCCCAUCUUGCGCCCAGCGGCUGCACGUCAUCAUCAAUGUGGGCGGCCUCCGAUACCAGUUUCCCUGGACGACCCUCGAGGACUUCCCCCUGUCCCGCCUGGGUCAGCUGCGCCUGUGCAACAGCUUCGAUGAGAUCAUGCGGGUGUGCGACGACUACGACGUGGUCCGCAACGAGUUCUUCUUCGACCGCAGUCCAUGCGCCUUCCGGACAAUCCUCACCUACCUGCGCGCCGGAAAGCUGCGCUCUCUUCGUGAGAUGUGCGCCCUGUCCUUUCAGGAAGAGCUGCUCUACUGGGGCGUUCCGGAAGAAAGCUUGGAAUGGUGUUGCCGUAGGCGCCUCCUGCAGCGCCUGGAGGAGUGCGAGGAGCUGGAGCGCAUGGCGGAGGAGGACGAGGAAGACGAAGGUGAUAGUGAAACCGGUUCGUCCGGGGAGUCUCGGCUCGGACGCUGUAUGGGAAAUCUUCGAGAUAUGGUGGAGAAACCUCAAUCAGGACUGCCGGGGAAGAUCUUCGCCUGCCUGUCGGUCCUGUUUGUCACCAUCACAGCUGUCAACCUGUCCAUAAGCACCAUGCCUGCCAUGAGGGAGGAGGAGGAGACGGGCAAGUGCUCUCAGAUGUGCUACAACAUCUUUAUCGUCGAGACGGUGUGCGUGGCCUGGUUCUCUCUGGAAUUCACGUUGCGCUUCAUCCAGGACCGCAGCAAGUUGGCCUUCCUGCGACGACCCCUCAACCUCAUCGACGUCAUAGCCAUCCUGCCCUACUACAUCACGCUGGUUGUGGACAGCACCUCCACGGGGGAGAAACGACUGGGCUCGGGCAGCAGUUACCUGGACAAAGUUGGUUUAGUGUUGCGCGUGCUGCGGGCCUUGCGCAUUCUGUACGUCAUGCGUCUCGCGCGGCACUCGCUCGGCCUCCAGACGCUCGGCUUGACCGCCCGCAGGUGCACGCGCGAGUUCGGCCUGCUCCUUCUCUUCCUCUGCGUUGCCAUUGCGCUGUUUUCCCCUCUCCUCUACCUGAUCGAGAACGAAGCCGCGGCAACGCGGGAGUUCAGUAGCAUACCCGCCACCUACUGGUGGGCCGUGAUCACCAUGACAACGGUGGGUUACGGCGAUAUGGUGCCGCGCAGCAUCCCCGGGCAGGUGGUCGCGCUCAGCAGCAUCCUGAGCGGAAUCCUACUCAUGGCUUUCCCCGUCACGUCCAUCUUCCACACGUUCUCUCGCUCCUACGUGGAGCUCAAGCAGGAGCAGCAGAGGCUGCUGCAGAGGAGGACUCACUUUCUCCUCCGAAGCCGAAUUGCGGGUCUAGGCAGCGGCCUUUCGCUGGAGAGUGGCGUGCUCUUUCCCAGCGUCUCUUCUGACCACAGAAACCGAGAGGAAUAGAUGAAUACGUCGCAAGCUGUGAACUAAGAACGUGGAAAAAUAAACAACUUAUACAUUUGGCAGAGGCUUUUAUCCACAGCAACUCACAUGCAUUAAAGCCAUACAUGUUAUCAGAAUGUGUGUGUUCUGGGGAUAGAACCAGUGACCUUUGCGCUGUUGAAGCACUGCUCUAAAAAGGGAGCAGUUGUUUUGAUAUCUUGAAUGUUUACAUAUUGUAUGUUUCUAGUCCCUUUUUAAGAUUCCAGUUUUAAAGCGCCUGCAGUUUAAUUCAUAAAGUUUUGUUUGUCGACACUCUUCCAGCCUGUGUGUCCAUAUACCCACUGUGUUGAAUUCGAAGAUGUGUAUUACUACUCUAUAGUAUCAAGUGAGUGUCUUCCUUUUGUGUAUAUGUAUUUAUGAGACAUGAAUCACACAUGCACUUAUUACUUUGAUAUUCUUUGAACACCAGGGUUCUUUCUACAUGUGUUGUGUUGUUGUUCUGUGCUGAAGUGUAUUCAGAUCCAAAGAAUGGUCUGGUCGUAUGUAUUUCUGUAUCAUGAAAUGUGAUCUGGAAUGUUUGCUGAAAACGUACAAUAAUGUCUCUUUGUUUGGGAAAUCACCAGAUUGUUGCCAUAAACUUUUUUAUGAUAAUGAAGACAAACAGAUACAAUAAAAAUCUAUAACUGCUGUAAAUAACCAUAAUUUGCU